GUCUUACAUCAUGAAGCAGGUGCGCGAGCGGGGCAUCCUCGUCUACCUCUCCGGCACAGGUGCAGAUGAGAUCAUCUCAGACUACGGCCACGGAGGGAAGAAGAUCUUUCCCCACUCCAACUUCGGAGGUCUCUUCCCUGAAGACUUGGGUACGCUCUUCCCCUGGGAGGCCUUCUUCCUUGGAACGCAGCGGGACUACCUCAUGAAGGAGGAGCUGGUGGCUGGAGUGCAUGGCGUGGAAGCCAGGUAUCCCUUCCUGGAUCGCAUGGUGGUUCAGGAGUUCCUAUGGCUCUCCUCGGAAGUGAAGAACGCGAAGUACAAGGCUCCUGUUCAUGACUGGCUGGCGCGGUUCAGCUACCCCUUCCGCUCUGGGGAGAAGGUGGGCUUCAAUGCCAUGCACAACGUCCGGUGGCAGGAGGUUCCCCUUUAG